AUGAGCGCUCCCGAUAAUGUUGGCAACGUUCAUGACGCUGUGUCAAGUUUGUAUGCCUCGGCCUUGCGUCAACCCGUCCAUGCGCCGGAUUGUCAUGCUGGUGAGAUUUCGCCAACUGGGGUUUCAGCAAUACUGGCAGUCAUUCCAACGCUUACAAUCGCCGAAACUUUUGUUGACUUUGGAUCUGGGAUCGGCAACGUGGUUGCACAAGUGGCAUUGGAGACUUGUGUUGGGAGAUGCAUCGGGAUUGAGUUCCAGGACAACUUGGCAAACAUGUCCAAACUGCUGAUUCGUGGCGCACGCGUGGAUUUCCCGAAUUUAUCCAAGGUCACGAUUCACGAGGCCGACCUCAGAGCGAUGAGCCCAGCCGUACGCGAGGAUAUUGACGGGGGCAGUGUUUUAUUUGCGAACAAUAUCGUUUUCGAGCCUACAAGUUUUGCGGCGCUGGAGGACUUUGCAUCUUCAGCAGCAGGUUUGGUCCACGUCGUUGUCAUGGCAACAAUUUGCGGCCGGCACCGCCCAACCUGCCCGCGCAACUUCUGUUCUGUCUGGACGCUCCGACAGCGUAUCGACGUUCAAGUGUCUUGGUCUUCCCAGCUUCAUCACGCAUACUGGUACACCAGGGUUGUAGAGCCCUACAUCUAA